AUGGCAACCCAAAAAUCAAGAUUAUCUUCUUUGGACGGCCAAGGUGGAUUGGACAAUCGAGAAGGAAGUGAUCCCGUCGUAAGCACUCUGCCAGCGCCUGAUGGUAUCUCUCAUUUCAAAUCAAAAAGUCUGGAACAAAGACAGAGCAUCGCUUCAGUACGCCCCUCAUAUUUUGUACUGUAUCUCCACCAUCUCACCUGCUCGGGCAAAGUAUACUACAGAUUGUACACCGAAGACGGCCCACUGGAGACUUACAAUCCCGUCUACUCCGACGAUAUAUUCAUUAGCCGGAUUUCCUCCAAAUCAAUCGCGCCACCCCGUACAGCCGCUUCACUCAAAAAGUACCUCUGCAAGAUCGAGGGCUACCAAAUUGAACCCGGAAAGUUCAACUUGUAUCUAUCUCUCGGAGAAAAGACGCCGGUUGAAGAUUCCAUUCGUCUCGCACUUAAGGGAAAUUCUGGAGCGGGAUCAUCUGGAUUUGAUCCGGUGGCAUUGAUAAUUGGUGUAAAAGAGAAACGAAUGAAGGCACCGGACAUGGUGAACGUGAAGGAAUUGGAUCAGUGGCCUGAGAAAGAGGCGAGGCGUUAUGUCUAUUACCGCGUGUACGACGAGGAUGGAGAAGCCCCUUCAAAAAUGUCCUUCGAUCAUAGCGAGCCUUGUUUAGGUCGCAUCGACGCCCUCGCAGUUCCGCCACCACACACCGUUUCUUCUCUCAAGUGUUGUCUUAUUCAAGUGGAAAAAUACGUUGAUUGUGAACUUCAGUUGUUUGAAGAGGAUGACGGAGAGACUAUGAUGAAUGACAGUGACACGAUCGCCCUCCAUGCUGACACUUACUUUCCAGCACUGGUAUACAAAAGGAUACCGCAACCCUUCUCGAAGAAGGUCAGAGCGAAGGCUUUUUGCAAAUACCCGUGCUAUGUGGCUACAAACACGGCUGGGAAGAAAGCUUUCCUUCAAGGAGUGAUUCAUAAGGACCAUUUGCGUCGUCCAUUAGGAAAGAAACUCGAAAUUGCGCAAAGAAUUGAUAUAUCCUUGAAAGUACACAACUGUCCCGGCGAGCACGGUAAAGCCGCUGCUUCAUGCGCUGCGAUUCUCAAGGUCAAAUCAAGCUAUGAGGCUAGAUCCGAGUCAGUCAUGGAUUUACUCAAAGUUCCGCCGAUCCUCGUUCGACUCGAGGUCAGGUCGACAUUUGGAUAUAUCGCUUGA